UGAGCGUCUUGAGCGGCAAUAAACCAAAUGUGAUUGAUGAUCUUGGCCUGGACGAUGCUGAUGACCUGGAGGAUGCCUCCGAAUGGGAUUCCAUGGGCAGCCGUUCCGAAGCUUCCCACGACGCGGGGCCUAGCCCGCUCAAGCCACCGCGUGCCCAAACCGCGGAGCAGACGGGUUUCCACGCGGGCCGGGACGCCGCCGAACCCUCCCAGCUCGCGCCCCCCUCCGUCCGCGGGGACACGCGGUCGCACGCGUCCCGUCCGGUCCAGGAGCCCUCGGGAUCCGGGAGCGGCGGCGGCGGCGUCGACAGCGAGGCGGCAGGAGCAUCGCGUGACGCGCGCGCCGCUGGCUCCGCCGAUGCCGUCGGCGGUGGCCACGCGCCCGCCUCGCCGCGGGAACCACGGCCCCCCGCCGAUUUGGAACAAGCCGCGUCGGCGUCUUCAAGCAAGCCGCUGUCCCGCUUCGCGGGGGCGCUGGGUUCUGCCGCCGAUCGCCGGGCGUCUCUCGUUCUCCCGCCGAGCAAACCUACGGCAGAGUCGGAGCCGUCCCUGUCGGUGGAAAGUAGCCCUCUGAAGAUUGUGAAGCGUGAAAGUUCAGACUUGUCGUCGCUGUCUGCGGAGAGAGUAGGCGGUGCCGCUGCAGGGAGCGGUCCCCGGACGUUGCCGAGUGUUCAACCGGCAGCCUUGGUGAACACCUCCAACAACAACAACAACAGCAGCAGCAGCAGCAACCUCUUCUCUUCUGCUUAUAUUGAGCACCCAUCGAAAAUUGAGGACAAAUCAAAGGAUGCUUUUGUUUACGCUUUUGCUUCAGAUGAGAUCGGAUCGCCGGGUGUCGAUCCGGAUGAAGACUUGUGCGAGACCUUCUCCUCCGGCGGAACGAGCCAAAGGGAGGAACUCGACGUUGAAGCAAUUACCGAUCAGAGGGACGUAAGUAAAGUCGACCUUGCACCUGUGAGUAAAGGGGUGGAUGAUGAAAGUGAUGAGCCGGCGCUUGAGGACAACGAGCAAAGUGUCGUUCACGAGGUUGACGACUCGCAGAGCCUGGAAUCGGGAGGCCCCAAAGGAGCCGGGGCAGAGGACGAUGGCGCCAACGAAUCGCGAGCAGCGUUCGACGAGCAAGCCGACGGUCGCACGAGGGACGGGUGUGAAAAGCCGAAGACGGGCUCCGAUGAAAACUCAGCGGACACCGGCGCUGCAGCCCUGCCACGCGGCGGUGAGAAGGCCACGGACUCGUCGAAUCCCCAGCUCACCAAAAUGACCCGUGCACGAACUGCCGAGGGAAUCGCUGCGUUGCCCGCAGAGGACCAGAGCGAUGUUGGUCUUCGUCGGACCAGUUCGGCGGGGGAAACAGCGCGACGCGGAGGUGGAGACGAUGAUGGCUUCGUACGAGAGGACACGGUCGCGUUGUCGACACGAGACGGCGGAAACGACUCGUGCGCUGAUGCGAUUACCUCCGACAGACCAGACAAGGCCGCCGGUGAUGCGGCUGUGAGACGAGACUUUCAAAAUGGGCCUGCAAGCCUCUCCGCUCAGAUGAGUGGGCCGAAGCCUUCCGAGAUUGAGCAGCAGGUGCCACGGCACGGACUUCCCGCGGCCCGCCACGAGGAACACCAACACCAGAGUGGCAGACGUGCCAUCGGCGGCGGCGGCGGCGGUGGAGUCCGCGGUCUGCCUUUAAGGCCUCUUUCAGACUCUCUGGCACCCACCAAGAGACACGCUGCUGCUCCCAAGGAACGCACUGCCAGGAACGGUAUUGAAAGCGACGACAUUAAAGCAGGGCUGCCGGCAGGCCUGGACGUGCUCACCGAGUCGUCGGACACGGAGGACUCGGAGGGGGCGGUGAUCGGCUCCCUGCCGUCCUCCUCCAACCCCAUUCUGCAGGGGCUCUCCAUCGCAGAUCCGGCGCAGUAUGCGAGGCUUCAGGCGUGGGUCUUCCAGGCCCAGCGAGGGUUGGAGUGGGAGAAGAACCGAUACUGCUUGCUGUCCGACAAGCUGAAGCAGGUGGAGGCAGAGCGGAGUGCCGUGCAGAAGGCUCUGUCAGAGAUGACGAGAAGCAAAGAGGGUCUCGAGGAAGAGAAGGUCAACCUGGAAUCGGACCUCGACGCUCUCCGGGAUUCGCUGCAGCAGGAGCGGGAGAAUGGCCGCGGUGUCGCCAAGCUGUACGAGCAGUGCCAAGCUCAGCUGCAGCUCAAGGAGGAGCAGCUUCUGCUGGAGGAGAAGGAGAAGCGGCGCGCGGAGCACAACCUGCAGAGCGCGCAGCUGGAGAAGUCCAUGACGGAGCAACGCAUGCAGCUGCUGAGUGACCAUUUAGCAGAGCUCGAGAAGAAGCUAUCUGAAAUCCAGCCAGACUUGGAGAACGAGAGGUCAUUGCGACUGCAGCAAGAACGCAUUCUUGACGAGCAUUUGCAAAAGCAGCAGCAAUCGCAAGAGGAACGCGAAAGGAACUCUGCGGCAUGUGUUCAGGGAGAGGACCUCGGACGACCAUCCCUGGCCCUGGACAACAGCAAGCUGCAGGAGGAGAUCUCCGUGUUGAAUCGUGACAUGCAGCGCCACUCCGCAUCCUUCAGAGAAAGGGAAGAACUCUUAAUGAAUGAAAAAAACACGUUGCUUGAAAACCUCGAGGCCCUGCGGAGAAAGGUGAAUCUGAACGAGGACGCCCUGCAGCAAGCCGUCCAGAAGUACAACGUGGAGCUGAGCAGCGCAAGAGCGUCAGCGGACGAGAACGCCCGAAGGCUGGAGCAAGAGACGGUCGGCAGGGAGCGCGCGCUGGAAGAAUUGGAGACGGUCAGGAAGCAGCUGUUACGGGCGACAUCCGAGCGAGGCGAUGGGCUCGAGGAGAACGGCGGCCCGGGGCAACCGGAGCUGCAGCAGAAGCGGCGGGAUGACACGAAGCUGCGAGAGCUGCUGGAGCGCGAGGCGCUGCUGUCCCAGCAGCUGAGCCGCACGGAGAGCCGCUGCAGCGAGCUGGAGAGCGAGCGCCACCGCCAGUCGCUGGAGCUCGUCGAGAAGGAGCACGCGCUGGAAACUUGCCGGAGGGAGCUGGGCGCCGCCCGGCAGCGGGCCGAGGAGCUGGACGUCGCCCUGCGCGGCGAGAGGGAGGAGACGGCCAAGCUGCUGGUGCGCGAGGAGUCGCAGAAGGAGCGCAUGGUGCAGGCCCAGAGCGACAAUCUGCUGCUGCGCCAGCAGCUGGAGGAGGCCAGCGCGAAGGUGUUGCAAAAGGAGACGGUCGUUACGGGAAUUCAGGACAGGUUCGACGACCUGCUGUCCAAACUCCAGGCUGACAAGAACCAGCGGGAGCAGGUGCUGGAGGAGCGGAAUCAAGAACUUGUCGCCAGUGCCAACUGCUUGAAGGAGACGAUGAAGAAAUUGGAGGAUGAGAAAAGCAAUAACGAGGACCUGCUGCACCAGCGGAAGCAGGACCUGGCUGACGCUCUGAAGAAGCUGGCCAUGUCGGAGGCCUCUCUGGAUAUCACCGUCAAACAUCGCUCUGCGCUGGAGGCCGAGAAGACUCAACUGCACAACAACUUGGAAUCACAGAGACAGCAGCUGCUGGACAAGGAGCGUGAGCACGUGCGGGCGGAGCAGCAGCUGCAGGAGGUGCAGGCGGCGCUGCAGCAGAGCAGGGCGGGAGGCGGCGGCGCACGCUGCCAGUGACCACGAGCGCGCGUGCAGCCUCGACCGAGCCCGCAGGCAGCUCCAGGAGCUGGAGGACAAGUGCCAGCGGGUGGAGGCGGAGAGGAGUCGGCUGGAGGCGGCCGUGCAGGCUCACAGCGGCAACGCGGAGGCGCUGCGGACUCAGCUGCAGAGCUCGGCGCAGG